CUCUCGCUCUCGUCACCCAGUGUGGUAAUCCUCAUCUGAAAAAGGGCCCGAAGUGAGGGGGUGGCACUCUGCAGCCAGGACCUGUCACAUCUCUCUCCACUCCACAGAGGGACAAGGGCACCUGCAUCCAGACUGAGAAGGAGAAAGAGGAGACUGAAACCAGGGGAAAAGGACACCAGAGCAGCAGCAGCAACCAAGCAUUUCAGAAACUUUUUGUUCCUCUUUUGCUCAGGGUAUCUCAGCUGUACCAGAGUUGGGGGAUCUCCAAACACAACUAGCACUUGGAUAGACAUAGAACAAUGAGUGAGGACACUGUUAAGGACUACUAUGAUUACCAAGACUGGUACUCGGAGAAUGCAGUGCCUACCAUGGUGCCAGUUGAGGUAAUCCCACCAUGUGACCCAACAGCUGAUGACAGACUCUACCACAUAUGCAUCGCUGCAAUAUCUCUUGUUGUCAUGCUGAUCCUAGCAGUCUUAGCCAGACGUAUGAAGUUGGGAGAUGGUCAGAAAGGACUCCCUGGCUUACUCAGCCCCGUCAACUUCCUGGACCAUACCCAACACAAGGGCCUGGCUGUGGCUGUGUUUGGAGUGCUCUUCUGCAAACUAUUUGGACUAGUGAUAGCGCCAAACCCUCUUCCGUUCACUAAAGAUGCAGGAAAUAAACAGAACUGGAUGAUCCUGUCCCUGUUCUACUACCCCGCUCUGUACUAUCCUCUGUUAGCAUGUGGGACUUUACAUAAUCAAGUUGGCUAUGUGCUUGGAAGCCUCCUCUCCUGGACACACUUUGGUGUUCUCGUCUGGCAGAAAGUCGACUGCCCCAAGACACCAGAGAUCUACAAGUACUACUCCCUCUUCACCAGCCUGCCCCAAAUUGCUUGCUUGGCAUUCCUCAGUUUCCAGUAUCCGCUUCUCUUGUUCAAGGGCUUAAAGGGCACAGAGAAAAACAAUGCCACUGAGGAUCUUAACAGCAGCUACUACAAAGACUAUGUCAAGAAAAUCCUGAAAAAGAAGAAGGCAUCAAAGGACAGCACAUCCGGCACUGAGAAGCCAUCUCGGAUUGAGCGGAUGACUGAUGCUGUGAAGGCCUACAUUUACACACCAGAGGAGGUUUUCCGUUUUCCUCUGAAGCUGGCGAUAUCUGCUGUGGUGUCCUUUAUUGCUAUAUACCAGAUGGCACUGAUACUGGUGACUAGCGUCGUGCCAACUCUCCAGAUCGUCCGCAGAGGGGUCGAUGACAAAAUUGCCUUCCUGCUGGCUGGCUUCAACAUAGUACUGUCAGAGGACCGGGAUGAAGUGGUCAGGAUUGUGGUCUUUUACAUGUGGUGUGUGGAAGUGUGCUACCUGUCAGCAAUGACCCUGUCCUGCUUAGUGAACCUGGCCAUGCUCAUGAGGUCCAUGGUCCUGCAUCGGUCAAACUUGAAGGGGCUGUACAGGGGAGAUAUCUACAAUGUUUAUAACUGCCAGAGAAGCAUCCGGCCAUCACGGCCUGCCUUGGUCUGCUGGAUGGGAUUCACCAGUUUCCAAGCUGCACACCUUUGCUUGGGCAUGCUCAUCCAGACCAUGGUGUUCUUCCUCUGCAUUCUGAUUGCUGUGUUUCUCAUCCUCAUUCCCAUCUUUCACGGACAAAAUCUCAUGCUCCUCCAAGUCGUAGGAAACAUGUGGCCAUUUUUGUUGAUGUUGAUCUUGGCUGUCGUGGUUCAACAUGUAGCUGCCAGGUUUUUCUUCAUCAAAAAGUCGGCAGGAACGCGAGACCUGAACAACAGGGGCAGCCUGUUCCUGAUGACCUACCUGCUGUUCCCAGUCAAUGUUCUGAUUGGGGUGCUGCUGGGCCUGUGGCGUCUGGCGAUCACCGCCCUCUUCAACAUUGUGCACUUGGGGCGCAUGGACAUCAGCCUGCUCAACCGCAACGUGGAGGCUUUUGACCCUGCCUACCGCUGUUAUGCUCAUUAUCUGAAGAUUGAGGUGAGCCAGUCUCACCCUGUUAUGAAGGCGUUCUGUGGGCUGCUGCUGCAGUGUGCAGGGCAGGAGGGCAGUGCUGGACCGAAGGCACGAGAUGCAGAGGAAGGAAUACAAUUGGUUAAGCAGGAGAAGAAACAGAACAAGGUGUCCACUGCAAAGCGAGCACGAGGACAUUGGCUGCUCCUCUACACCCUGGUCAACAACCCUUCCCUGGUGGGUUCCAGGAAGCACUUCCAGCGCCAGAGCUCUGAGAGCUUUGUGAACGGAAUCCUCAACCGCACCACAAAGGGGGACAGCAAAAAGAAGGCAGGAACCAAGGAUGCUGGGAAGGAGGUGGAGCCAGCUGCCACUAACUGAAAUGGGACAUGAUCCUUGAGGGUCUGGGCUUAUUGUGCUUAACAAGGCUCCUGUUGGUUUUUGGAUCAUGGGCAGAUUAUAUACUAUAGUAUUUUUUCUAUGCAUAGAUCUGUCUGGAUUUGUUGAGAUAAGUGCACUUACAGACCAGUGCUUAAGAAAGUGCUGUUUGAGGGUUAUUUCCAGUUUGUUCUGUCAAAUGUUCCAUUGUUUAUUUGGAUGUGCAGAGUCUCUUGUCUAACAAAGGUAGUGUGGCACUGAACUCCUAUCUAACCAUUGCUACAAGGUUAGAAUGUGUGACUAUUUAUGAAUGUACAGAAUGUUCUGUUUUGGAAGAUUGAGUAAAUGUAAAUUUUC